GCCCUCAAUGUCAUUCUUCCGGAACGUCUCUAAAAUUAAUAUUAAUAUCAUAGCAGUGCCUCUUUUAAGCUUGAUCAGGGCGCAUCAAAGCGUGAGUAUCACCACUCAAGACGCCCCGAGCCAAAGCAGUCAUCGUUUAGGUUCUCCAGCGACGGUGCUGAUGAUGGCUGGCCAGUUGAUGCAGAGCGUAUUUGGCAAAAAGGAAGACCCAGGAGAAGGGGUUGAGUUUUGGAACAGCCCAGAGAGAGCAGGUUGGCUCAUGAAACAAGGAGAGUACAUCAAGACCUGGAGGCGACGCUGGUUUGUCCUGAAAGACGGCAAGAUCUUCUGGUUCAAAGACGAAAGAGUCAGCAGGUCCUCUGUUCCCCGGGGGGUAAUCCCAGUCAAGGAGUGCCUGACGAUAAAGGGCGCGGAGGAUGCUAUCAACAAGCCGCACGCGUUCGAGCUUUCCACGGUGCAGGACACGUUCUUCUUCAUAGCGGAUUCAGAUAAGGAAAAGGAGGACUGGAUCAAUGCGGUGGGCCGGUCGAUCGUGCGGCGAUCGCGGUCUGUCACAGAACGGGAGGUGCUGGACUACUGACGCGCGCGUUCGGGUUACGAAAAGCUCUUUCCAGCAGUCUCUGGCGCGCUUCCUCUCGCUUGCACGAGCAACUCGAAUGAUGUUCGUAAUCAAGAUUUAUCAUGGAAGCUUGCAAUGUUCCUGAUAUGCAGUCAAUUACUGGGUCUGCCGCCAAUGCUUCUGACUGCAAGCUGCUGUGAUCGCUUAGAGAGGGCAGGAUUGGGGGCGUUACUUGCGUCGAGGUGUUGAGCUUUUAGCGGGAGGGUUGUGGACGGGUCGUGAGUGAAGUUGGCGGAGCGGUGUACAAAUACUGAUAGACAAUGUGUACAUGUUAUAUACUUGGAACAUUACGGAUACGAGUACUUUGUGUCGCUUGACAUAUGUAACGUUUAACUCAGUCAGACGUACGUACAGAUCGAAUCGCAGGAUCACCUGGCACCUGCAACUGUCCCAGCG